AUUUGAUACAUCGUCCCAGCAACAGCUGGUAUCGCAGAAUGUAGCGCGAACGUCAACAGCAGUGACGUUUAAGUUGUAUUUACUUGUUGUUCUUCCGCCACUUUCCCAUGGUGUUUCUGUGAGCUGUUCUGCAGCCUUCAAGAGGAGCACCAUGGCAAUGUGGAUCCAAGCCCAGCAGCUACAGGGCGAUGCCUUACACCAGAUGCAGGCACUGUAUGGCCAACACUUUCCCAUUGAGGUGCGGCAUUACUUGGCCCAGUGGAUUGAGAGCCAACUCUGGGAUUCAGUGGAGUUGGGCAACCCGGCAGAGGAAGCCAAAGCCAAGCGUUUGCUGGACAACCUGGUGGCAGAGCUUCAGAGGAAAGCCCAACUCCAGGGAGGAGAGGAUGGCUUUCUUCUGAAGAUCAAGCUUGGACACUAUGCAAAUCAGCUAAAGAGCACAUAUGACCGCUGUCCUUUGGAGCUGGUGCGCUGCAUCAAACACAUCCUGUGCUCCGAGCAGCGAUUGGUUCAAGAAGCUUCAAAUGCAAAUUGUGUGAGUGGGGGCCAGGCCAUAGACAGCCUCUCCCAGCGCCAUCAACAGAUCAACCAGGCCUUCGAGGAGCUCCGAUUAGCCACGCAGGAGACUGAGAAUGAACUGAGAAAGCUGCAGCACAGCCAGGAGUAUUUCAUCAUCCAGUACCAGGAGAACCUGCGCCUCCAAGCCCAGCUGAGCAGUCUGAGCUCCUUGCCUCCAGCUGAGCGCACCCAGAGGGAAACCACGCUCCAAAGCAAGAGGGCCACCGUGGAGGCCUGGCUCGCCAGAGAGGCCAGCACAUUACAGAAAUACAGGCUUGACCUGUCAGAACAACACCAAAAGACCCUAACCCUUCUGAGGAAACAACAGACAUUGAUCCUCGAUGAGGAGCUUAUCCAGUGGAAAAGGCGGCAGCAGUUAGCUGGAAAUGGGGGUCCUCAUGAGGGAGGACUCGAUAUUCUCCAGUCCUGGUGUGAAAAGCUGGCAGAUCUGAUCUGGACAAAUCGACAACAGAUUCGACGCUGUGAACAUCUUACUCAGCAGCUUCCUCUGCCAGGCCCCAUGGAAGAUCUCCUGAGUAAACUCAAUUCAGACAUCACUGAUAUCAUCUCUGCCUUGGUCACUAGUACCUUCAUCAUUGAAAAGCAACCGCCCCAGGUGUUAAGAACGCACACCAAGUUUGCUGCCACCGUGCGACUUCUGGUGGGCGGAAAGCUCAACGUCCACAUGAAUCCACCUCAAGUCAAGGCUGUGAUUGUGAGUGAGCAACAGGCCAAAGCUCUCCUCAAAAAUGAAAGCACACACAGUGAAAGUAGCGGUGAAAUCCUCAACAACAACUGUGUGAUGGAGUAUCAACAGGCGACAGGCACGCUGAGUGCACACUUCAGAAACAUGUCUCUGAAGCGGAUCAAGCGUUCGGAUCGUCGAGGUGCAGAGUCAGUGACUGAGGAAAAGUUCACGGUUCUUUUUGAAUCACAGUUCAGCAUUGGAGGCAAUGAACUGGUCUUCCAUGUGAAAACUUUAUCACUACCCGUAGUAGUGAUCGUCCACGGUAGUCAGGACAACAAUGCCACAGCGACAGUACUUUGGGACAAUGCCUUCGCUGAACCAGGCCGGGUUCCAUUCAUUGUACCGGACAAGGUACUCUGGCCCCAGCUAUGUGACGCCCUUGAUAUGAAGUACAAGGCAGAGAUGCACAGUGGCCGUGGCCUGUCGGAGAACAACCUGGUCUUCCUGGCGCAGAAAGCUUUCACAACGACAAGUAACAACCCAGAGGAAUACCGCAACAUGACCAUAUCGUGGGCCCAGUUUAACAGGGAGAGCCUACCUGGACGCAACUUCACCUUUUGGCAGUGGUUUGAUGGAGUCAUGGAACUUAUGAAGAAACAUCUCAAGCCUCAUUGGAAUGAUGGGGCCAUCUUGGGUUUUGUGAACAAGCAGCAGGCACAGGAUAUGCUUCUGUCCAAACCCAAUGGGACAUUCCUCCUGCGAUUCAGUGACUCUGAAAUUGGUGGCAUCACCAUUGCCUGGGUUGCAGAGAACCCCAACAAAGCAGGUGAAAGGCUGGUAUGGAAUUUGUUGCCUUACACCUCCAAAGAUUUCUCCAUUCGCUCCUUGGCUGACCGUAUCAGUGAUCUGAACCAUCUCCUGUUUCUCUAUCCCGACCGACCCAAAGAUGAGGUCUUUGCAAAGUACUACACACCACCACUCUGUAUGUAUCAGCGAUGAAGCUUGUGUACAUGUUACCAUACUACCAUAUUUUCCGUGAUAUAAGGCGCACCGUCAAUGA